GGUCGAGAGUCGCAAUCAUGGCGGCCGAGGAGGCGGAAGUAGACAUUGAGGGGGACCCGGGGGCAGCGGUUUCUCCUCCACACGGAAGCCAUGAAAAUACAGCAUCUGGUUUACAGCAAGAUCACUACCUUGAUUCCACCUGGAGACCUGAGCAUGGCCUUAUCCCUUGGACUCUGGAUAAUACCAUCAGUGCUGAGAACAGGGCUGUCAUCGAGAAAAUGUUACUGGAAGAAGAAUAUUAUAUGUCUAACAAAUCAGUUCCAGACAGAUUCUGGCUUGAUCAUAAGGAAAAUAAUAAAAAGUACAUGAAAAGUCCACAAAAAUCAGGAAAACUCACGAUUCGGUCACCUACAAAGCCAGCCAGUCAUUCAGUCAAGUGGACAGCGGGAGAAAAAGAGCUGUUCGAGCAAGGCCUGGCCAAGUUUGGCCGGAGGUGGACCAAAAUUGCAAAACUGAUCGGAAGCCGCAAUGUUUUACAAGUCAGGAGUUAUGCAAGACAGUACUUAAAGAAGAGGACCAAAGCCGAUGGUCUGGGCAAAGGUGGGCCCAGGCAGAAGAGCAGUGGUCGUCCUCAGGCCCCAGAUGGCUUCCAAGGGCGUGCUGACCCUAGCCUGAAUGCUGUAAAAAUUGAAGCAUUAUCUGAUGAUGAAGAGGUGGACAUCACUGAUGAAUCAGAUGAAUUCCCUCAUAUCCCCCUAAGGAAUCCCAACGAUGUUCUUUUAUUCGAUGUUCCCAAUAAUACAGACCAUAAAACGGACCCCCAAGGGUUUGUUCCCCCUGAGGGACAAGAUUGUGCUGUUUCUGCAGCUCCCAGGAAGGACCUUCACAGCCCCUCACAAGGGCAGAGGGAAGCGUUCUCUGCCUCGGGAAGUGCUUCCUGGCCGCAGAAGUCCAGCAGCAACGGUAGGAGAUGUGAUCAGACGUCCGAUCACACGUCUAGUCCCAGCAGCGACAGUGCAGGAGGAAGUGCUGAGGUGGGGGAUGGGGAGCCCGGAGCCACCUCGGAGCCUGGCCAAGGGCCGAAGGACGUUCUCAAUGGUGAGGUCCUCUCCCACCCCUCCUGCCACGUGGAAGAGGAGAGCCCGGGGGGCGGGGAGCCGCUCAGAGCGCCCGAGCAGGAGGUGGAGGUCAACAGAGACACCAUUCAGGAGGAGGAGAAGCAGGCCGUCCCCGAGUUCUUUGAGGGCCGCCAGGCCAAGACACCAGAACGCUACCUGAAGAUUAGGAAUUACAUUUUGGAUCAGUGGGAAAAAUGCAAACCGAAAUAUUUGAAUAAGACCUCAGUGCGUCCAGGCCUGAAGAACUGUGGUGAUGUUAACUGUAUUGGACGGAUACACACGUACCUGGAGUUAAUAGGAGCGAUCAAUUUUGGAUGUGAGCAGGCCGUGUAUAACAGACCGCAGCCCGCUGACAGGACACGAGCCAGAGAAGGGAGAGAUGCAGAAGAAGCCUACCAGCUAGCGCAGCGGCUGCAGUCAAUGCGCACACGCAGGCGACGAGUACGAGACCCGUGGGGGAACUGGUGUGAUGCCAAGGACCUGGAAGGACAGACGUUUGAGCACCUCUCGGCUGAAGAGUUAGCCAGGAGGAGGGAAGAUGAAAAAAGCAAACCCACAAAAUCUCCCAAAGCUCCCAAGCACCCCAAAAGCUCCUUUGACCCCUUCCAGCUGAUUCCCUGCAGUCUCUUCAGUGAAGCAAAGCAGGAACCAUUUCAGGUGCAAGUAGCUUCAGAAGCACUUUUAAUAAUGGAUUUGCAUGCUCAUGUUUCCGUGGCAGAAGUGAUUGGUCUCUUAGGAGGAAGAUACUUAGAAGCUGAGAAGGUGGUGGAGGUGUGUGCCGCCGAGCCCUGUAACAGUCUGAGCACAGGGCUGCAGUGCGAGAUGGACCCCGUGUCCCAAACCCAGGCAUCCGAGACCCUGGCCAACAGAGGGUACAAGGUGAUUGGCUGGUACCACUCACAUCCUGCCUUUGACCCCAACCCAUCGCUUCGGGAUAUUGACACGCAGGCCAAAUACCAGAGUUAUUUCUCCAGAGGUGGAGCAAUGUUCAUUGGGAUGAUCAUUAGCCCAUAUAAUCGCAACAAUCCUUUACCGUAUUCCCAAAUUACCUGCCUGGUUAUAAGUGAUGAAAUUAGUUCAGAUGGUUCUUACCGUGUCCCUUACAAAUUCCAAGUACAGCAGAUGUUGGGAGAACCUCGAUGGGAAUUGGUGUUUGAAAAAGCAAGAUGGAUGAUUGAAAAAUACCGGCUGUCCCUGAGCUGUGUCCCUAUGGAUAAAAUCUUUCGCCGGGAUUCUGACCUGACUUGUUUGCAGAAACUAAUGGAGUGUCUAAGGAAGACCCUGGGUGAAGUGACCGACGGCCACGCUGCUGAGGAAUUCUUGGCUCAAGUAGAGAAUUUGUUCCUUUCCUGUUACAGAAGCACACCAGAGAAGGGCACAGCUGGAGAGGGCUGUGCUGGGCGUCCGCCCCAGCUGUCCUUCUGAAAGCUCUGUCACUGCACGUUGGCAUUUUAAAGAUCCUCCUGAGUUGUUGGCUCUCUUCAGAUCUGCGGUGUUCUAUCCCCGAGUUGUGUGUGGCAUAAAAGCUUUCUUUGUCUUCCUGCGUGUGUGGCGUGGCCGUUGAUGCUCCUUCCCCAAAUGCUCGCAGCGUACUCAAAAGGAAGCCUCCACCUGAGCCGCUUUCUACACGAAGAGCCAAGCUGUGCCUUACAGGCCUGUACCAUGUGUGGAUAGCAUUUAUUUGUAGAAAUAUGCACGGUCUUCAUCAAGAUGAGCGGACCUCCCGUCCCCUGUAACCUACUGUAGAAUGGAAAGAAAGACCUAAGGGAUCUCUCUGGGGUGUUACCUUGUUCAAGACAUGAAAGAAAAAGCCCCUCAAAGAUGGGAGAUGAAUAAAAAGAUGGA